CCCCGAUUUUGUGACCCCCCCCAUUUUGUGACACCCCCCACCCCCCGCAAUGCUGGCGCUGCCGCCGGGGCUCACGGAGGAGGAGGAGGCGCUGCAGAAGCGCUUUGCCAAGCUGAGGAAGAAGAAGAAGGCGCUGUUGGCGCUGAAGAAGCAGCAGAGCUCGGGGGGGGCCACGAACCAGGGGGGCAUCAAACGCUCGCUCUCGGAGCAGCCCCCCCGCGAUACGGCGUCGGCGACGGAGGCGGCGAAGCAGUUGGUGAAAUCGGGCGCCAUCAGCGCCAUCAAAGCCGAGACCAAAAACUCGGGGUUCAAACGCUCACGGACCCUCGAGGGGAAACUCAAGGACCCCGAGAAGGGCCCCACCCCCACUUUCCAGCCCUUCCAGCGCAGCAUUUCGGCCGACGAUGACUCCCAGGAGUCACGCCGCCCCCAGCGGAAGUCGCUCUAUGAGAGCUUCGUCAGCGCCAGCGAGCGGCUGCGGGAGCCGGAGGGGGGGGGGCGGGCCGCGGGGGACGCCCCCGAACGGGGAGGGGGGGGGCGCCUCGAUUGGGAACCGGACCCCGAACCCGAGGAACGAAGCCGGGACCGCGAUGGAGCCUUUCGACGCUCGGACUCGUUCCCGGAGCGGCGCCCCCCCCGCAAGGGGAAUACGCUGUACGUGUACGGGGCCGAGCUGAGCCCUGAGCUGCUGCGCACGGCCUUCGCGCCCUUCGGAGCCAUCAUCGACCUCUCCAUGGACGCCCCCCGAAACUGUGCCUUUGUCACCUAUGAGAAGAUGGAGUCGGCCGAUCAGGCCAUCGCCGAGCUGAACGGCGCUGUGGUUCAGGACGUGCAGCUGCGCGUCAGCAUCGCUCGGAAACAACCGCUGCUCGAGGCGGCGACCGGGAAAUCGCUUUGGGGGUCCCUGGCGGUGAAGAACAGCGCGAAGGGCUCUCACCGCGACAAACGCUCUCAGGUCGUCUACAACGAAGAUCUGUUCGGGGGGCAGUGAGGGGACCCCCCCAGGACCCCCCAAAACCCACCGGGACCCCCCCCAGGACACCCCAAAACUCACCAGGACCCACCAGGACCCCCCCAGGACACCCCAAAACCCACCGGGACCCACCAGGACCCCCCCAGGACACCCCAAAACCCACCGGGACCCACCAGGACACCCCCAGGAC